GCAUUUCCCUACUUUAUUGAUAGAUAGCGCACUUCAGCUGAGAAUGAUCAUUUUAUCUUUCGAGUCUCUCUCCCAAACGUUUUGCCUGUAUUCGCUCCCACAUGUCGUCUUCUUCUUCUUCGACUCAAGUGGCCGCCAAUGUCGAAGCCGAGUACGCCAAGUCCGGCAAGUCCUCGUGCAAGAAGUGCUCGGAACCGAUCGAGAAGAAAGCUCUGAGGCUGGGCACCAAAGACGCGCGUGGUUAUACCAAGUGGCACCACUUGUGUUGCUUCAGUUUUGGGUCCGACCCGGUUGCUUCGGUUGACAAGAUUAAAGGGUUUCAUUCUCUCAAGAGUAGUGAUCAGGAAGCUUUGAAGGAUGAAUUUGAGAAAUCUAAAGAGGAGGAUUCAAAUGGAAAGAAAAGUUCUAAAAAUCGAAAGGUUCGUGAAGUAGAUCAUGAAGCUGAAGAUGAAAAUGAAGGGGAAAGGAAGUUGAAGAAAUCAAAGGAUUCUUCUUCGUCCCAUGUCGAAGCCGAGUACGCCAAGUCCAGCAAGUCCUCGUGCAAGAAGUGCUCGAAACCUAUCGAGAAGAAAGCUCUGAGGCUGGGCACCAAAGACGCGCGUGGUUAUACCAAGUGGCACCACUUGGGUUGCUUCAGUUUUGUGUCCGACCCGGUUGCUUCGGUUGACAAGAUCAAAGGAUUUCAGUCUCUGGAGAGUAGUGAUCAGGAAUCUUUGAAGAAUUUGGUAAAUGAAUUUGAGAAAUCUAAAGAGAAUUCAAAUGGUAAGAGAAGUUCUCAAAAACGAAAGGUUCGUGAAGUAGAUGAAGAGGAAGAUGAAGAUGAAGAGGAAGAUGAAGAGGAAGAUGAAGAUGAAGAUGAAGAGGAAGAUGAAGAUGAAUAUGAAGAUGAAGAUGAAGAUGAAAAUGAAGUAGGGGAAAGGGAGUUAAAGAAAGCGAAGAAUAGAUUCUUGUUGCAUGUGAUGAUUACGGUGAUUUCUGGAGGUUUGAAGGCUGGUUUUAUCGAAUUUGGCAUAGGUCUUGCUCGAUCCAUUGCAAUGGAAAGCUAUUACCGUUGUUUGCUUCAUUAUGGAAUGGAGGCUCUGUCUUUCACGACGGUGUGGUCGCUGGUCGUGGCCGUGGCAUAGCUCAUUCUUGGGCUACACUGUUACCUUUUUUUUUUUUUUUGGCCUAUGUUGUGUGUUGUUUGUAAUAGGCUAUUGGGCGUUCUUUUAGGCCUCUUUGUAAUUGCCUUUUAAAUUAAUGAAAUU